UGCUGGUAAAUCAAUAAAUCUGUCUGCUUUAUCCUCUUUCCGGAACUGACUACACCUCAAACUGUCGCGCUCAUUAUGCGCUCAACUGUCGCGCUUACCACGUCAUCAUCUGUAAACAAACAUGUCUUCGCCGGUCUGGAAGUUUUUCUCGGUGGCAGUGGAGGACAAUGCUUUUGCUAUUUGCAAAAAAUGUUCAGCAAGGGUUCCGAGAGGAGGAAAAAAUUCGUCAAGUUUCAACACAUCCAAUCUUAUAUCGCACUUGAGAGGUCGUCAUCGCGGCGAAGAUGUACUGAAAGAAUACGAAGCCGCGGCAGCUGCAGCUAAAGUUAAUAGCGCGAAGGCUAAAACACCGAGCGUCACUGUACCCAUUCAGCGAGCAUUUGAAAAUGCUAAAAAGUUUUCCAGAGACAGCGAAAAGGCAAAAGCUAUAAACGACAAAGUGAUCGAAUUUAUAGUCCUCGACGACCAACCGUUCUCCGUAGUAGAGGAUCUGGGUUUUCGCGGAUUAGUACAGCAUUUGGAGCCACGUUACACCCUUCCAAGCCGCCGCUUCUUCUCUGAUGUUUCCCUCCCUGCUUUGUAUGAGUCAGUCGCCACACACAUUCAUAAUUUGAUCGACAAAAAUGGACUACACAUAAGUUUCACCACGGACAUCUGGACAUCUGAUGUUAGUCCGGUGAGUAUGCUUAGUUUAACGGCUCAGUGGUUGGAUGAACAUUUUAACAUGCAGAAAGUUCUGCUGCACGCACAGGAGUGCUCCGGAUCGCAUACCGGGGCAAUGAUAUGCGAAGCUUUUGAAGCAAUGUUAGAACGGUGGAGUAUAACAAAAGACAGAGUGCAUGUUGUCCUUCGGGAUAAUGCACGCAAUAUCAUCAAGGCCAUGCAGGACUGUGAGCUUGCAAGCUUGGGCUGUAUGGCACACACCUUACAGCUCGCGGUAAACGAGGCUGUGCUGAGCCAGAGAAGCAUAACAGACUGUAUUUCGAUCUGCAGAAAGAUGGUAGGCCACUUCAAACAUUCACAAGUUGCCACCUCCCGUCUGCAAGACUUGCAAAAACAACUGGGCAUGAAAGAGACGAGGCUUCAACAAGACGUGCCCACCAGAUGGAACAGCACGUUCUAUAUGCUGAGAAGUUUGUUGGAUCAGAGGCGAGCCCUUGCAGCAUAUGCGGUAGAUUUUCAAUUACCUGCUUUUUUGAGCAUACAACAAUGGACAUUAAUUGAAAACAUGAUGACCAUUCUUGACCCAUGUGAACAGCUGACAAGAGACAUCAGCUCAUCUACAGCCACAGUAGCUGAUGUGAUCCCCUCCAUUGUAGCAUUAAAACGUCUGUUAAACAAGACCGUUGCAACAGAUCAUGGAGUUAAAACUUCAAAGACCACUCUACUGCAAGCCAUAGAACAGCGAUUCAGUCAUAUCUAUGGAGAGCCCCUGUUUUAUCUUGCUACAAUCUUGGACCCCAGGUAUAAGGACUGCUAUUUUGACCAACCAAUGAAAAGAGAAGUAACAGAAAAAUUGCAGACCAUGAUGAGCUGUGCAUCAGAGAAUGCGGAUGAACCAAAAGUUAAAAAGACCAAGACAGAUGGUGGCAAUGUUUCCUUGCUAGCAAUGUAUGAAGAAAUCCUUCAAGAAAACUAUGAUGUCACGAAAGAGAUGACCCAAAGCCGAACAGAGGGGCAGAUAAACGUGUACCUCUCGGAGCCCCCAAUUCCUAGAUCAGAGAGCCCCUUGGAAUACUGGAAACGCAACAAAUCCCAGUUCCCAGACCUUGCUUCACUUGCAAGGAAAUACCUGUCAGCCCCUUGCACCAGCAUUGACAGUGAACGCUUAUUUUCUGCUGCUGCAAAUGUUAUGGAUGAAAAAAGAAACCGAAUUGGAUGUGAGAAGGCAGAGAUGCUUUUGUUUAUCAAAAAAAAUCUGCCACUAAUGCCUAAUGUAACAAAUAGAAAAGAUGAUGGACAUUAAACAGAGAAGUGAAAAAUGUGCACUUUAUAGAAGGUUGAGACAGGUUGGGUAGUGCAAAUUGGAAAUCAAAUUAUUAUUGUUUAUAUUUUUUAUGUUAAACUAUAUAAUUUCUAUGCCCGAUGCACUUCAUUUUUGUUAAGCAUGCACUUUUCUGUAUUUUACAAGGUUGACAAAUGUCAAUGCAUUUUAUUUAUUUAAUUAUUUUUAUUUUUUAUAUUUUAAAAAAAUGUCACCCUCAUGCGGUAGAAUAGAUGCAUUUCUUGUUUGUUAUGCAUGAAAUACUUAUGUUAAUGACUAAUGAGUUGUUAAUUGCAGAUAAACCAGAGUUCCAUGACAGGUUCUGUUAAACCCUUUCUGUCACACAAUAUUGUGGUUUAUUACACACAAAAACAUUUGAUAAGUCAGGCCUGAUGUUUGCUGUUAAGGCCAGAGCUGCAAAAAUAUCAGUUUUAUCAAUGCACUUUUGUUUUUAAGAUGUAUUUAAGGUUGACAAAUGUUAAUGAAUUUUAUUUAUUUUUUUAGUUUAAAAAGGAUACCUACCUCACCCACAUGCACUAAAGGUAGAAUAGAUGCAUUUCUUGUUUGUUAUGUGUGAAAUACUUAUGUUAAUGACUAAUAAGCUGUUAAUUGCAGACCAGAGUUCCAUGACAGGUUCUGUUAAACCCUUUCUGUCACACAGUAUUGUGGUGCCUUACACACAAAAACAUUUGAUAAGUCAGGCCUGAUGUUUGCUGUUAAGGCCAGAGCUGCAAAAAUAUCAGUUUUAUCAAUGCACUUUGUUUUUAAGAUGUAUUUAAGGUUGACAAAUGUUAAUGAAUUUUAUUUUUUGUUUAAAGACAUAUAUACCUACCUCAUCCUCAUGCACUAAAGGUGGGAUAGAUUAAUUUCUUGUUUGUUAUACAAAAACUUCAACUUAAAGUAAUUUAAUUGCAGAUAAACCAUAGUACUGUUAAACCCUUUCUGUUACUAAGUAUUGUGGUGUAUUACACAAAAAAUAAAAAGUGGAAGAGUCAAGGAGUAAUGUUUGCUGUUAUAGUUGUGCCAGAACACUAAAAUAUCAGUUUCAUCAGUGCUUUCAUCUUGGAUUUUUUUAUUCUCGUAGGAGCACAAUCUGAAAGUUAUUUCGAAAAUUAUAAUGUAAAAAAUUGCACUUACUGGUUAUCGGUAUCUGUAUCGGUAUCGGCUAUUAAGAUGACUUAAUUAUCGGUUAUCGGUAUCGGUCAA